AUGUCGAUAGCAAUGGAAACAACACCGGUAUCAGUAUCAUCAGCAUCAGGAGGUGAUCUAAACACUGAUAAACCUUUGGAACAAUCACAACAUGCAUUACAGAUGCAAUUAUCCUGUAGCGCCUCAUCAACUCCACCAUUACAGAAUGUAUCGGAACAAUCCGGUGUCCUACAAUCUGACUUAACUGCCAAUCUAUCGACUAUUCUAAAUGCUUCAAAAAAUAACGAUAUUAAGGAUGGAAAUUCACCUGUAAUUGAUGAUGACGCAAAUUCAAUGUUAGAACGUGAGCUUGAAGUUCAACAAAAAGCCUUUCAAAGAUUUCGAUCAACAUUUCCAAUCAAUGUUUUUCCGCCAUUUUUGGCUGCUCUCCAACAAAAUCCCUUAACGUUGCACAAUCAGUUCACGGCGGCUAGUAGUAAUCCGAGAAGUUCCGGUAUAUCGCCUGGCCUUGAUGAUGAGGACGAGAACGAAGGGCUGGCAAGCACCGAGCCAGAAGAUUUGACUAUUAACUUUCGUAGAGAAAAGAAAGAAUGUGAAGUGGGAGCCGGCGGAAGUACCGGUGAUGAUAAUGCGGAUUCGGAUGCCAGUGGACAACAGAACUGGUCAUAUGAAGAACAAUUUAAGCAAUUUAUCUAUUCAUCUGUCUUUCCGCCUGUCCAUCUGGCAGUACCUGUUAGAUUAGACAGUUGUGCAUUAUAUUAUGUUCAACAGCAGUUUAAGCAAUAA